GAAAUUCUAUAUUUGAUGCCGAGAGGGUGGUGGGAGUGUCGUGCCAACCAGAUACGACUGGCAUCAACAGUGCAAUCCGAGCUCUCGAAGUCUUGGGGUCGCUCGGUCGAAAAUCUGUUUCGUGUGGAUUAUUUCAAAGGAAAAAGGAUGAAGGGCCACAUUAUCAUUGCAAUAUGCACUGCCUGUGUGUUUCUGGGUCAUUCCGGAGUCAAUGGUCUGCAGUGCUAUGUCUGUAACAGCCACGAGGACACCAGAUGUGCAAAGCCCAUUCCUCCUGAGGAAUUAUUAAGAAGCUGUGAUAACCUCGGACCUGGGGGUACCAAGUACACCAUGUGCCGAAAAACUGUGCAGUCCAUUGAAUUUGGAGUGAAUGGACUUGUACCUGAAACUCGAGUAAUUCGAACCUGUGGAUACGACGAAUCAAACUACAAAGGCCGUUGCUACCAACGUGGUGGUUUUGGUGGUCGACAAGAAGUGUGCUCUUGCCUCACCGACAAAUGCAACGGAGCAACAACAAUUUUAAACAAAUCAGCGCAUCUCGUUCUGAUGUUCCUGUGUGUUAUGGGUACCGUCUACCGUUCCUUCGUUGGUAAUUAAAUUCUCUAGAUUAAUGAAGAACCAAAACAAUUGCAAAUAAAAAAAAAAUGUUAAAAAUUAAAAUGAUAAAUGAGAGAGGGGCAUCGUGGGUACUGAGUGGUGGUGAUAAUAAUGGGAUUAUCCACCUGAAUGAUCCCAUUUUCGGGGAGAAAAUCAAAAGAUAAUGUUAACGUUGUUUGUUGCGUUGUUAACCGGCGUUGCGAUGCAUCUCCUCAUUCACAAAUACCAAAAGCAAAAGAUUUUUUUUCAUUUUUAGCAACAAAAUGUCAUAAAUAAGCCCGAUGAACUCUACGAAUAACGGGAAAACCAGUAGACGAAAUUGAAAAAUAAUUUUCCGAAGAUAAUUUCAAUGAAAUAAAAAAAUAUGAACUUGCAAACGAAAAAAAUUCCCUAAAAACGUUCCAAAUAAUUGAGUAAAAAAAAACAACACAAUUGUCACCAUCUCAUUCCACUUGAAUUAAUUAUACGCUUAAUUCAAUUGCCGUCAAAUAAAAAAUUGCACAAUUUUGGAUUCGUUAAUGAGACAGAGGAGAAUAAAUCGUUAUCACCGAUAAUGCAGUUUUAACGUUGAGAAGACGAUGAAAAGAGUCUAGAGAGUCGUAUUAAAUUAUUGAACAUUGAUAAUAUUAAGUUAAUUAUUAAUUAAUUAAUUACUCAAUAAAACGGGCCAAUUCUCGUGCGUGGGAUGUUAUUCGCAUCACCAGUCGCCUCGUAUAUUUCCUCACUGCCUUGGAUACCGACCCCAUGGGAAGACAAUUUUCCAAUCGUUUCACUGAAAUAUUAGAUCCGAUGGCCGAUAUAAAUUUACCACGGAUUAAAUGAAAUGAUGAGAAUGUUUUUUUUACACUAAAUUUUUCAAAUAAAUUUCUCAAUCAUUCAACAUCUGUCAUUUAUAAUAUUCAUGUGUAACUAUUGGAAGAACAUUUCUUCUCAGGUGUCGUCAAUAGAUUCGGCACUCUUUACUAUUUUAUUCCAUUAAGAAAAAAAAAAAAGGAAAAUUAAAUUUAAAGUUUGAAGACUAACGAAAUGUUCUGUGUGUAGCGUUUGAAUUAAAGCAAAUACAAUGAUAAUUUAAUUGAACUGGAGUAUGUUAUAAAAUGAUGGUAAAAAUAUAAAAAGUUGGGUAAAAUUAGAAA